AUUCCCAUUUGUUGUACAACUUUGUACUUGCUCAUGUUGGAAAUUCAUGUUAGUCUACUUUUGACUGUUACGCAGAUUGUUUGCAUCGUCGUACCGUGUCGCUCGUUUGCUCGUUGGCUCGUUGGCUCGCACGCUCCGCCGUACGUUCGAUCGAAUGGCCAGUUGUUUAGUACGCGUUUGCUUGCUAGUAGUAGCCGUUUGCUGCUAUUGAGACACUAGUACCUACAUACAUACAUACAUACGUACGUAGUGGAAAAAACGCUCGCCCACCGGCCCGCCGCCAUCAAUCAGUGUUGUCAGCACAUCUCACCACUCACUGGUUCAGUUGACCAACAAUUCGCGCUCGCACGGGACUAUUCGUAGUGUUCAAUGAAUUUGUGCGGAAACAAGUGAUUGAAUUAAUAUCUACAAAUUUUGAAACUAAUUUACUACUAAAUAGGUACUAAACGUGAUUUUCAAUCGAAACUACGAAUAUUACGGCGCUUAAUUAACUCAACUUUUGUGCGCGAAUAGCGGAAUAGCGAAAAAAGAAACAGUGAAAUCGCGCGUGUGCAAGAAAACUUGAAACUUGCGACGGCAAAAGUGCAACGAGGCAUAGAAAAGCUGUAAAAAAAGCGCCGGUAGCCGUAACUACUUUCGAUUUAACCGCAAAACUAUUAGCUUUAAAGGGGAUUAACUAAUCGGAAACUGCAAUGAUUUCCAUAAAUUAAAAAAUUAAGUGCACCGCCGGCAACAAAAAUAAAAAAAAAGUUACAUUCUUGCAUAAUUAGUGCAGUGAAGGGGUCGGUGAUUUCGCACCCCUCCUAUGCCGUGCCGUGUGAUUUAAGUGUAAAUUUUCCAUAACAAUAAACCAAAAAAAAAAACGUGCAUAUUUUGUAAAACUUCGAGUAAUGCAAGCGAAAAAAUUUUAGUUGUAGAUAAUCGCCUGCGGUUUUGUGCCGACGCUUGCAUACAGAAUUGAAUUAGUUUUAAUUUUUUAUAUAUUUUCGCCAAAUCAUAACAUUAAAUGACAGUGCACAGUAAUGACAGUGGUGUGUGUUUAGUAAUGAACGCCGUUUCAACUCGACCGACUGCAUCGCCUACAGCCGCCACCGCACAACCCGUCGCGCCGAUCCAGCAACACCCCACGAACCUCAGCACCUCCGCACACACCGCUGCCGCUGCCAACGCGCCGCAGCCCACCCUCACCGCAUCGGUUGCGUCCGCUGUCGCAGCUGCUGCCGCCGCCGCCGCUGCUGCUGCAGCAGCCGCAGCAGGCGCUGUACCACCGCCUUCUUCUACCGCCAGCAAUAGUCACGCGAACAUCAGCGUCGUGCCACCGAAAGGCAGCACGUCCACAGCAGCAACGCCGCUAACCAUCACCUCCGCCGCCGCCGCCGCCGCCGCUGCCGCAGCUGCUGCAGCCGCCCAACACCACAGCGCCAAUAAUACAAUGGCCGUAACAUCGACAGUGCCGCCGGGCGCGCGCUCUAUAUCGCCAUGUUCGGCCGCUGCCACGCCUUACGGCAGCAGUAGUAUACCGGGUGGAGCCAGCCUCAGCGCGAGUGGACCCGGAAGUGGUGUAACAGUUUCGGUGAUAGGACCACCAGGAAGUGGGCCACCAGGCAUGCCGCCAAGUUUGGGCGGCGGACCGCCGGGCGGUCCUGGUGCGGGUGGUAUACCACCACCACCGGGUACACCGGGCUCAAAUCGUUGCUGUGAUACUGGCCGCACAAUCUACACGGAUCCCGUUAGUGGCCAAUCGCUUUGCUCGUGUCAAUAUGACAUACUCAGCUAUCAGCGUUUGGCGGCCGCCGGCGGACUGGUCACAGGACCGGGCGGAGUGCCAAUAGGCGUCUAUCCGGAGGGCAUGUCUGCGUACCUAUCGGGCAUAGCGACCGAUCAGCCGCCUUUCUAUGCGAAUCCGGCACAAGUAAUUUUUGUAAAGAAAGAAAAAAAAAAUAUCUUCAUUGCAAAUUCCGCUGCGGCUGCCGCACCAAGGCAAGACUUGUCCAACAUUGUUGUUGGCGCUGCAUAUUUGAUGUCAUAUUUUAAUGUGCGCCGUCUGCGACAAAUUUGCUUCAUCCGAACAGCAACAACAAUGCCGCCGCUACCGACAACAAUAGCCGCCUGCCUGCCUUAA